UCCAAAUCAUUGAACUGAUCUAAUGCAUAUUGUACAUAGGUUGUUAAUUAAGACAAAAUGAGAUCAUCUGCUUUUAUGUAACUUUGGUUUGUGAUGAAUGGUGCAGGAGGUGUAAUGGGGGUGGCUUGGGGGUUGUUUGCUGGUGCAUUGCACAAUCCGAUAACGGACAGUAAUAUGACUUUUGGACAGCAGAUUAAGUUUACUGCCAGGCAGAUGGGUGCAAGGGGCUGGGGUCACUGUAAAAUGUUUGCUGUUAUGGGAAUUGUUUUCUCUGCUGCUGAAUGUGUUGUUGAAAAGGCACGAGCAAAACAUGACAUCACCAACACAGUUGCAGCAGGAUGUGUGACCGGGGCUGUGACGUCUGCAAGAGGUGGACCGCAGGCAGCUUGCGUAGGCUGUGCAGGGUUUGCUGCUUUUUCUGUGGCGUUAGAGAAGCUUUUGGACAGACACGAAUGAGAAAACAUCAGAAACUUCAAAGAAAUUGGUUUUCUUGAAGACAAGUCUUUUGUAUUUACCUACAAUAUAGCAUAGGUUGUGAUACAAGAGGGAUAGAUAUAGCUUGUUCUGUUUUCUCAAAAUUUCCAUUUUAUUAUAGCAAUCAACCACUGUUCAUGGGACUAGUCGGUUUUGUAUCAGCAGGGAUAUUUGACAUCCCUCAGUUUUGUUGCAUCACAUGAUUUAGAGAUUGUGUAAGA